AUGGCUCUGGUCAAUGGCUCCGUUCCGCGAUGGGUUGCGGAUUUGCAGUCUCCUCCGGCCGCAAAGUCCAAGGUCUCAGGCAUCUCCGACCCCCCCCGGCUACCCAUCGCAAAGCAGAAGGAUCAAAAGUUCCAGCCUCAGCCCCGCAAGCAGCAGUCGCCCGAGGAGAUGGACACGUUGAAGGUCAAGAAGGCAUGGGAAGUCGCCCUCGCCCCGGUCAAGAACCUGCCCAUGACGGCCAUCAUGAUGUACAUGUCGGGCAACUCGUUGCAGAUCUUCAGCAUUAUGAUGGUCUUCAUGGCUUUCAAGAACCCUCUUGUCGGUCUCACUGCGGUCAAUCAGGCGUUUGAGAGGUUCGAGUCGGAGACGAACAAGGGCAAGAUGCUCCAGGUCAAGCUGGCAUACGUUGCUAUGCAAUUUGUUGCGCUGGGCUUGGCUGUGUGGAAGGUCAACUCGAUGGGACUGUUACCGACAACGCGAUCAGAUUGGCUGGCUUGGGAGGUCCGCAGAGAGCCCCUGGAAUUCUCAGUGCCCGCGUUAUAG